CCCCAAAUUUGAAUCACGGAUUAUUGCUCUUUGUCCUGAACCCAGUGUGAUUUUAUUUCACAAUCCAGGAAUAAACAUUUGAGCAACAAGUCCCUGAGCAGCCAAUAUAAAUACUCCACCUGCAGCUCUGCAACAUACGACACACUUAAGGUUAUUGACGAUCCCUUCAGAAGAUGAUCCUUCUCAACAAAAUGUGGUUUUCUCUGGCUCUGCUCUGCCUGGCUGCACAGACACACGUGUCUCUCACUGAAACAUCUGUCGCAGCCUCCAGGUUAGCGUCGCUGCGCUCCAGGCGAAUGGUUGGGGGCACUCUGGCCCCUCAUAUCCCCUGGCAGGUCAUGGUCUACAUUUCUGACUCCGUGCUGGCGGGCGGCGCUCUCGUCUCUGACCGCUGGGUUCUGACGGCUGGCAGGAACCUGUUUGUCAGGAAGCGUCGACGGGAAAUUCAGGGCAAAGAGCCCGUGAUGCCUAAAGUGUACCUGGGAAUCACAGGGCGGCCAGAAGCAAAUGCAUCCAACGAGGUCGCAGUAGAGAGGAUUGUUCUCCAUCCAGGCUUCCAGAAUCAUUCUGACUGGGACAAUGACCUGGCUCUGAUCCAGCUGAAGCAGCCCGUGGUUAUGAGCAAUAAAGUGACGGCCAUCCCCCUGCCUGAGAGAGGACAAGACCUGGACAACACCGCGGACGGGUUAGGGGCGAUCGCCGGCUGGGGAUGGGGCGUCCACCUCAGCCUCGCUGCAUCACUCAAACACCUCAUACUCCCUCUGGCCAAUCAGUCUGAAUGUAAAGCAGAAUAUGAGCGUGUCCCUUUCACACCAGAUGUGGACGACAACAUGUUCUGCACAGCAACUGCAAUGGACAGGGAGAAUGUUUGUUUGGGUGAUGCGGGAGGUGCUCUGGCUGUCAAACACCCUGAAACUGGUGACAUUUACGCUGCAGGGAUCCUCUCCUAUGACGAGGCCUGCAGCAUUCACAAGCACGGUGUCUACACCAAGAUUUCGUCAUAUUUACCCUGGAUUCACAGUGUCAUCAGGGGAGACACGGAGAAAUCAUUGGCUAUGCGCGCUGGUGCAAUGUCCAAAAUGUAUUCCUGGCAGCAGCUGUAGAGCUUCAGGCUUUUUAAAAGGGUCUUAAAUGUAAUUUAAUCCUUGUAAUUAAACUAAAGUUGAAAGUUAAA